AUGGCCCGCGAGAAUGGGGUUAUUAUUUUACAGCUGCCAGGUCAUACCACCCACUGUUUACAACCACUUGAUGUGGCAGUAUUUAAGCCCUUCCAGGUCUAUUAUGACCAAUCGGUUGAAAAAUGGUUGAGAGAACAUCCCGGGAGGACAAUCGGUCAAUUUCAGGUGGCCCGAUUAAUCGGAGAAGGAUAUGGAAAAGGAGCAUGUGUCGCAAAUGCCAUAAGUGGAUUUAAAAAAUGUGGUAUAUGGCCUGUGGAUAGAAACGUUUUCACAGAUGUUGAUUUUGAAGGCGGAGAUGUUCUUCAAACUGAACCAAAACAAAAAGCACUAGCGGAAAGCAAGGGCGCUGACGAUACACCUUCGAGUGAUGAUGAUGUGCCCUUGGCGCUUUUAGUUGAAAAACAGAAAUCGUGCGCCACCUCUGAAUCUCAAGCACCCGAUGUUUCUUUCGAAGACAUUCUACCAAUUGCAAAUAGUCCUGGCAAUCAGAAAAAUGCAAGUAAACGUGCACAAGCAGCAAAAGUUAUAACUUCAACCCCACAUAACGACGAAUUGAAACUAAAGCAAUCUACUAUCGAAGAAAAGAAAAAGAGACUGGCAAAAAGAAAAAUAGGAAUAGCCAAUGGCCAACCGGAAAAAAAAGUAAAAAUGCUUCGUAUGGUUCAAAUGACGUAG